CUCCCUCCCUCUCUAUCACAUCUCCUGUUUCUCCCUCCUCCUCCCUCCCUCUCUAUCACAUCUCCUGUUUCUCCCUCCUCCUCCCUCCCUCCCUCUCUAUCACAUCUCCUGUUUCUCCCUCCUCCUCCCUCCCUCCGCAGACAAUCAAACCCCCUGGGCACACACUGGUUGAAUCAAUGUUUCCUCGUAAUUAGACGUUGAAAUGAGGUCUGUGCCCAGUGGGAAGUGAGUUUUGGCUGGGAUGGGAUAGGGGUGGGUUGGAGGGUGGGAGCGUCCCUCCCUGGCCCGUGUAUCCAUGCUGCGUAGCUGAGGUCUGGAUCACAUUUAAAACACAUGUUCAUGCUGCUCCAGAUAAGCUGAACUCUGUGGAAAUAGAGUGGCUUUGGAUUUAACAGCCAAGGCAGGGGCAGACUUACAGACAGACAGAGCAAGGCAACAUCAGACAGGCAAACAGAACCAGGCAGCAAAGGUGGGGACAGAGAGACAGACAGACAGAGCAAGGCAACAUCAGACAGACAAACAGAACCAGGCAGCAAAGGUAGGGACAGACAGAACAGACUUAGACAGACAGAGCAAGGCAACAUCAGACACACAAACAGAGCCAGGGAGACAAGGUGGGGACAGACAGAGCCAGGGAGACAAGGUGGGGACAGACAGAGCCAGGGAGACAAGGUGGGGACAGACAGAGCCAGGGAGACAAGGUGGGGACAGACAGAGCCAGGGAGACAAGGUGGGGACAGACAGAGCCAGGGAGACAAGGUGGGGACAGACAGAGCCAGGGAGACAAGUGGGGACAGACAGAGCCAGGGAGACGAGGCAGGGAGACAUGGUGGGGACAGACAGAGCCAGGGAGACAAGUGGGGACAGACAGAGCCAGGGAGACGAGGCAGGGUGACAUGGUGGGGACAGACAGAGCCAGGGAGACGAGGUGGGGACAGACAGAGCCAGGGAGACAUGGUGGGGACAGAGAGACAGACAGUCAACCCUGAAGGACGGGAACUAAAUGCGGGGCCAUGCUCGCUCGAUGUGACAAGCAGGCCCUUUAACGCAGAGGCUGAGACACAGUAGAUAAUGAGAUCUGAAGAGGUCUGGACUAACUGGGGAGAAGAGAAGAGAGGGGAUAGUCAAGACAGGCAAAAGGAAGAGAGACAGUCUUAAGAGUCCUUGCUUGUAGUUGGACCAAUAGAGAGACAGUCUUAAGAGUACUUGCUUGUGGUUGGACCAAUAGAGAGACAGUCUUAAGAGUACUUGAGGCAGUCUCAAGUGACUGAGUGAAACUUUAAGUGUCCUUGCUGUGUGUAGUUGGGGGAGAGAGAGAGGUAGAGGUGUUUUAAAUCCUCUGUAGCUGUUCCAUUUGCUCUGGGGUGUCUGUGGCCAGACGGAGAGGGAGAGAGGUGUCUGUGACCCGAGGGGAGAGAGGGAGAGGUGUCUCUGACCAGGGAGAGAGAGGGAGAGGUGUCCGUAACCACAGGGACUGUGACAGGAGCUUGUGUGUGGUCUGAGGAGUCAGCGCCGGUCUGAGAGGGGCUGGUCUGUAGAGAGGAGACUCCUUCCUCUGGCUCUGCUCUCUAUUAUAGAGGAUUACCCAAUACAGAAACAUCUCUCUGUUACAGGGGAUUACCCUGAGAGAAACGGCUCUCUGUUAUACAACUUCUGUCCAGAGACUGGAAAUUGACCGUACAGAGACAGAAGGAGAACUUUGAACACAAAAGAGACUGAGAUACAGCAUUGAUGCAGAGGAUGCUUGCUGCCGGUGUUGGAAUGAUGCUGGUGUUGGUGAGGUUGAACUUGGGAAUGCCAAACAAGGUUCAAGAUGAUCCCAGCUCUCUCAGGGUGAUCAACCAGGAGAAGUGGGAGAGGGAUGUGCGCUCGGCCUCCAGUCUGGACGAGCUGCUCAUGCUGACAGAUUUCCCCGACUGGAAGCUGUGGAAGUGUCGUCUAAAACUCAAACACCUGGAGACAUCUCCCUCAUCCUCUUCCUCUCAGCAGCCCAACCACCGUUCCUCCUCCUCCUCCUCCUCCUCCUCCUCCUCCUCCGCUGGAUCUGGGUCACACCGCUCCACGCGCUACGCUGUAGCAUCCUACAGCCUGGAGAUACUCAAAGCCAUAGAUGAUGAGUGGCAGAAGACCCAGUGCACGCCCAGAGAGACGUGUGUAGACGUGGCAAAGGAACUGGGCACCACGACCUCCAUGUUCUUCAAGCCCCCCUGCGUGUCUGUCUUCAGGUGUAACGGAUGCUGCAACAAAGAGGGUGUAUCGUGCAGAAACACAAGUACUUCCUAUGUUAAUAAAACACUGCUGAGUGUGAUACCGUUCAAAUACGGACCUGAGCCGGUGUUGAUAAAGGUAGCCAAUCACACAGAGUGUAAGUGUAUGGAACCACCCCUGAUCCGACGUCAAGCCCAUAUACGCUCUCACAGGAGGAACGGGUGCUCUCCGAUGCGUCAGCUCUCUAAAUCAGAGGACUCCAGGCGUCUGUGUGCCAGUGGGUUGAUCUGGGACUGCAUGGCCGACCGUUGUGUGUCCUACCCCUCCACUGAACAACCAGACUUCUCUCCCAGUAUAAGAACGGUGGACUGUGACAUAGAUGUUGACAGGUGUGACUGUCCCAGACCGCACUACACUGUCCCCACAGCCCACCCUAACCCAGGACCCAGAUCAUCCUACCCUGCAUGUCACCUGAACCAUACUGCCUGUGCUAACAACAAACAGCACUUCAACCAUGCCUCUUGCAGAUGCCAGUGAUACUAAGAAGAAUAUAACCUUUGACAUCUGCUUGGCUUUGAAGUUUGGAAGCAGUGAAAAAGUUCAUAAUUUAAUUUAUAUCGCUAUUUAUAUAUCUAACUUCAAAUAAAAUAGUUUAUCUUUCUAACCUACAUACAUACAUGACGCUUUACAUGUGUUAUUUACAUAUGUAAAUUAUUAGUAUUUAUAUGCACUGAACAUGUAUUUUACGCUAAAGAACAAUAUUUUUGUAAUAAUUGCUUCCAACAUUUUGUAAAUAUAAUCGAAGUUUGUCCUUUUGGUGUCUAUCCUUCAUAUUUAUAAUUAAAGUUUUAACCGUUUUGUUCAAAGUUCUCUCACCUUGUUAAGUAUAGGUCGCAACCAGACCUAUUAACCGUGGGUCGCGACGUGUUAGAGCAAAUGUAUCAUUAUUUCAUUCAUUACUGGAAUUGAUUUGGCCAAGUACAAAUGGUCUGUGUACAUUGCGCUCUCUGCUAAGCAGCUGUGUCAGUUCGGCAGCUGCGCGACUGAGAGGGAGAAGCCUGUGUGCUUCGCGGUUUACUGGAUCUUUUUUUUCUGCAGUUUUAAUUGAAGAUCACUCCGCGACCAACACAAUGCAGCGCUGUAGUUCAGCAGCAGAUGAUGCGCUGUCAGCCAAUGACUUGGUAUUCUCACUCGCCAGCUGUCAUCAAAUGUAGUCAAGCUUGCCAUAAAUUCUGACAGCUCAAUCGUCAUUAAACUCAAAUACAGCGAUACGUUUCUUUCUCGUGGUUUCAUACCAACUUUGAGAAAUAACGAGGAGCUCACACAUUGUCUUUUGUCCAGGGAAGUGCUUAGUAAUGAGACUCUCACAUUAAAAUAACACAUCCUGACCAAACAUCCACAGCAUGAUGGUAAACCCAGGGAGGUCUUUCAGAGCAGGGCUGAAUGCUUCAGGAAACAUCGCUUUGACAGUGGAAAAGUAAGUCAACUGGCUUGUCAUUUUAUAACAGGUAAGCAGAAAUAAGGGAGUACAAUCUCUCAAAGCAGUAACUUAGAUGUGAGUUUCCCUUUCAAACAAUUACAUUAUACACAGCUAUUGACGUUAGUUAGAUUGCUAAUAUUAGCUAAAGCAAUUAAGCUAGCUAGCUACUGUGCUACCCAUAAGUUACAGUACUGUAUCUUUUGAAUAUAAAAUUAUCGGGCCUACUGCACAACUUAAUGUAGAAAUGAUUGUUGAAAACAACAAGUCUAGGUUGGAACUGUUGCUGUUAAAAUACAAGUAAUCAUUUUUAUUCUGAACUGGAUGCUUUUUUUAAGCAAACCCACACAGUUCUGGGUUGCUCAUCUACAGCAGGAAGCGGUCUCGUGCCUGACUGAGAAAACAGUAGAUGUUCUGGUCCUGUUUGGCACCACAUACCUAUGAGAGUCAGGGUUCUUAUCUCUGGCUUACUUAAAAACAAGUACAGAAACAGACUCCAUGCUGCGCAUGACCUCAGGGUUGCACUGUUAAAAACUGAACCCAGAAUAGACAUGCUUGUUGAAAGCUUCAACCAGCCACACACCUCUCAUUAGGACUGUGUUUUCUGCUCUACAUCUGUGUGAUGUGAUCAAUCAGCUUAUUCCAGGUCAGAAUUACAAUUAUUUAUUAUAUUUUAACAGCAACAGUUCCAACCUAGACAGAUAAUACAAAUACCUUAUUUGCAUAAAUAUUCAGGCCCUUUGCGAUGAGACUCGAAAUUGAGCUCAUGUGCAUCCUGUUUCCAUUGAUCAUCCUUGAGAUGUUUCUACAACUUGAUUGAAGUCCACCUGUGGUAAAUUCAAUUGAUUGGACAAUUGUCUAUAUAUAAGGACCCACAGUUCAUGUCAGAGCAAAAACCAAACCAUGAGGUCAAAGGAAUUGUCUGUAGAACUCCAAGACAGGAUUGUGUCGAGGCACAGAUCUGAGGAAAGGUACCAAAAAAUGUCUGCAGCAUUGAAGGUACCCAAGAACUGUCACGACUUCUGCCUAAGUCGAUCCCGCUCCUUGUUCGGGCGGUGUUCGGCGGUCAGACUUACCUCAGGUUUUCACCCCGAGAGUAACGGACAGGUGGAGAGAGUUAACCAGGAUGUGGGAAGGUUUCUGAGGUCUUAUUGCCAGGACCGGCCGGGGAAGUGGGUGGCGUUCGUGCCCUGGGCAGAGAUGGCCCAGAACUCGCUCCGCCACUCCUCCACUAACCUUUCUCCCUUUCAGUGUGUCUUGGGGUACCAGCCGGUUCUGGCUCCUUGGCAUCAGAGUCAGACUGAGGCUCCUGCGGUGGACGACUGGUUCCGGCGCGAGGGGGAAACAUGGGACGCCGCACAUGUACACCUUCAGUGCGCUGUACUGCGCCAGAAAAGGGGCGCAGACCGUCACCGCAGUGAGGCCCCAGUGUUCGCACCAGGGGACAAGGUCUGACCUGAAACCUGCCCCUCCACCUGCCCUGUCGGAAGAUGGGUCCGCGGUUUGUGGGGGCCAUUUAAAGUCCUGGGGAGAGUGAACGAGGUAUGUUACAGGUUACAGCUUCCCCCGAUUACCACAUUAACCCCUCGUUCCUCGUGUCUCUCCUCAGGCCGGUGGUGGCUGGUCCCCUCCAGGAGUCUGAGGUACGAGAGGUUCCUCCACCCCCUCUGGACAUCGAGGUGGACCCGGCGUACUGCGUUCGAUCCAUACUGGAUUCGAGACGUCGGGCCUUCAGUACCUCGUGGACUGGGAGGGGUAUAGUCCGGAGGAGAGAUGCUGGGUUCCGGUGGAUGACGUGUUGGAUCCUUCUAUGCUGCGAUAUUUCCACCGUCUCCAUCCGGAUUGCCCUGCGCCUCGCCCUCCGGGGCUUCCCUGAAGUCGGUCCGCGCGUCAGCGAGGGGUACUGUCACGACUUCUGAAAAAGUCAGUCCCGCUCCUUGUUCGGGCGGUGUUUCGGCGGUCGACGUCACCGAUCUUCUAGCCAUCACUGAUCCAUUUUUCAUUUUCCAUUGGUUUUGUCUUGUCUUCCUUCACACCUGGUUAAUAUCCCAUCAAUUACAUGUUGUGUAUUUAACCCUUUGUUUCCCCUCAUGUCCUUGUUGGAGAUUGUUUGAUUGUAUGUUAGUGCUAGUAUGUGUUGGUGCGUGAUGGGUUUUGUACCCAUUUUAUUAAUUUUUGUAUAUUUUGGUUUUUGGAGUUUGUU